UGAAAAUAAGAAACAUGAUUUUAGGAUACUGAGUGUGCAUAUAUAUGUAUGUUUGCAGACAAAAAAAGCAAAAAUAUCAUUAUUCUAUAGUAUCACAUAGAAAUGUUUAAUAGUUUGUUGCUUUUAAUUUUGUAAGAAAAAAUCAGAUAUUCCUGUUAAAUUUUGGGUGGCUAACAAUGCAGUCCCAUUCAGUUGAAAAACAGAAGUCAUCAAGCAGCGGUUUGUACCCUAUGGCUUUUAUAUAUUAAGCAAUUUGAGUGUUUUGGACAGUAUCUAUCCCUUUCCUUGUACAAUAGUUCUCAGUUUAAUCUGUAUAUCUUGCUUACUGUUGAGGAAAAGAGAGAUUUCCCCCUAGAUAUUAGGGCCUUGGACAAAAUUCUCUGUGAGGCAGAGUUUAUAAUGCUGUUCUUAUUUUCAGUAGAUAGGACAGGCAUUAGUGUGGUCUACUUUUUAUUUUGUGCAUGAAAUUAGAUCCCACUUGAAUUAAGAAGGACCUUAAAAAAGAGGUCAGUCCCUGCUUUAAUCUGCAAAUAUUUUAAAACUGAUGUAAGAAAAACAAAGACAUGUGAAAGAAAGGGAACAAAUUGCAAAGAAUGAGUGAAAGAAUACAAUUUUUCAAAUGGUAAGGCCCUAAAAUAUUUCAUGUCCUACUCACUAGAGUUUAUUUAUGCAUGCCUUAAUACAGUAAGCAUUUAGUGACUGUCUGAUUUGGCAAUGAUGAUUAAGACAUAGUUUCCAUAUUGAAGUUCCAUUCCUUAACCAGGUCACAUAUUGAAGAAGGGACACAUUAUUGGAAACAAUAUUUACAAGGCAAUUAAACAGGUUUUUAUGGGAGCACAGAGAAGAUACAGCCUUAAAUGCUUCUUUCUAGAUUAUACAAUAAUGAUUCUAUUUUGGCAAUGUAAUUAAGUUUGGAAGAAAUUUGUUAAAGAAGGUGUGAAAUUUUUCUUUUCUCAGUUUUUGGUGUUCCUAUGCUCAAGUUUUGGAAAGGUAAUAUCUGUUCCUUUGGUGAUCUUGGAGGUCGCUAGUUUUCCUUUGGAUUCCUUGUAUUGCUUGGGAGAAGUGUCAGCAGUGCAAAGCUUAGAACUAAAAUCUAGCACAAUGGACAGAUUUUAACUGCUAGACACAUUAUUUUUUCAACUGAUGAAUUUUUAACUUCCCCCAUAAGCAGUGAAAAAUUUCAACAAAGUGAACAGUUCUCUAUCUUAACAUUAUUUUUAAUGAUACAAACAAAAGAAAAAUGAAAUAUUUAAAUAACAAAGACAUACAAGCGCACAAAUUGGGUACAGCAAUUUGAGUCUGUUGGAGGCCACGCGGUGGCGCUGCAGGCUAAAGAGACGGGGGUAAAAAUCUGAACUGAGAGUGCUGCGGUAAGUCACUGACAUAAGAAGAAAGAUAGCGGCAGGUAGACCAGGGAGAAAAGCUGUAGCAACCCAAGAUUAGAAAAGGGGGUUAUAAAACAUAACCCAGACCUUUGCUACUACACGGUGUAGAUCUGCGGUUUGCGACUGCUGUUUAUUUACACUGGGAUCUGUGAUUGUUACCAAUAUUAAAGACGUAUUCAGAAGCAGCUAUGGAGGCUAGACGAUUUCCCUGCUCAAGACAAAGGCAAGUCCUGUUUCUUUUUCUGUGUGGGGGAGUAUCCUUGGCAGGCUCUGGGUUUGGACGUUACUCGGUGACAGAGGAAACAGAGAGAGGAUCCUUUGUAGUCAAUAUAGCUAAGGAUCUGGGGCUGGGGGACAAGGAGUUGCUUGCAAGGGGGGCGCGGGUGGUCUCUGAUGAUAACAAACAACACUUGCUCCUGGACUCUCAAACUGGGGAUUUGCUUACAAAUGAAAAACUGGACCGGGAGAAGCUGUGUGGCUCCAGAGAACCCUGUAUGCUGUAUUUUCAAAUUUUAAUGGAUAAUCCCUUUCAGAUUUACCGGAUUGAGCUGAGGGUGAGGGACAUAAAUGAUCAUUCACCAGUUUUUCGAGACAAAGAGACAGUCUUAAAAAUAUUAGAAAAUACAGCUGAAGGGACCUCAUUUCAACUAGAAAGAGCACAAGAUUCAGAUGGAGGACUUAAUGGUAUCCAAAACUAUACUAUCAACCCCAACUCUUUUUUCCAUAUUAAAAUUAGUGGCAGUGAUGAAGGCAUAAUAUAUCCAGAGCUAGUACUGGACAGGACGCUGGAUCGGGAGAAACAGCAAGAGUUCAACUUAACACUCACAGCGCUGGAUGGUGGGUUGCCACCCAGGUCUGGAGCCACUAAUAUACACAUUGUGAUCCUGGAUGUCAAUGACAAUGCCCCUCAGUUUUCUCAGGCAAUCUAUGAGACCCAGGCUCCGGAGAACAGCCCAGUAGGGUCCUUUAUUGCUAAAGUCUCUGCAGGAGAUGCAGACUCUGGAAUCAAUGCAGACAUAUCCUAUUCAUUUUUUGAUGCUUCUGAAGAUAUUCUAACAACCUUUCAUAUCAAUCCUUUUUCUGGAGAAAUCAUACUCAGACUGUUGCUUGAUUAUGAGCUAGUAAAGUCUUACAAAAUAAAUAUACAGGCAAUCGACGGUGGGGGCCUUUCUUCAAAAUGCACAGUUUUGGUCGAGGUAUUAGACACCAACGACAAUGCCCCUGAACUGAUCAUAUCAUCACUUUCCAACCAUGUUGUGGAGAACUCUCCUGAGACAGCAUUGGCUGUUUUUAGGAUUAAAGACAGAGACUCUGGAGAAAAUGGAAAGACCAUCUGCUUCAUCCCAGACCAUCUGCCGUUUCUUCUGAAACCCUCUGUGGAGAAUUUUUACAUCCUAAUGACAGAAGGGGCACUGGACAGAGAAAGCCAAGCGGAGUACAACAUCACCAUCACGGUCACUGACAUGGGAACCCCCAGACUGAAAACCGAGCACAACAUAACCGUGCUGGUGUCCGACGUCAACGACAACGCCCCCGCCUUCACCCAGACCUCCUACACCCUCUGGGUCCGCGAGAACAACAGCCCCGCCCUGCACAUUGGCAGCGUCAGCGCCACAGACACAGACGCGGGUGCCAACGCCCAGGUCACCUACUCGCUGCUGCCGCCGCCCGACCCGCUCGUGCCGCUCGCCUCCCUCGUGUCCAUCAACCCCGACAACGGCCACCUCUUCGCCCUCACGUCCCUGGACUACGAAGCCCUGCGAGCCUUCGAGUUCCACGUGGGCGCCACCGACCGCGGCUCGCCCGCGCUCAGCAGCCAGGCGCUGGUGCGCGUGCUCGUGGCGGACGCCAACGACAACGCGCCCUUCGUGCUCUACCCGCUGCAGAACGCCUCGGCGCCCUGCACCGAGCUGGUGCCCAGGGCGGCCGAGCCGGGCUACCUGGUGACCAAGGUGGUGGCGGUGGACGGCGACGCGGGCCAGAACGCCUGGCUGUCGUACCAGCUGCUCAAGGCCACGGAGCCCGGGCUGUUCGGCGUGUGGGCGCACAACGGCGAGGUGCGCACGGCGCGGCUGCUGAGCGAGCGCGACGCGCCCAAGCAGCGGCUGGUGGUGCUGGUCAAGGACAACGGCGAGCCGCCGCUGUCGGCCAGCGUCACGCUGCACGUGCUGCUGGUGGAAGGCUUCUCGCAGCCCUACCUGCCGGCCCCGGAAGCGGAAGCGGCGGCCGCAGUGCCCGCCGACCCGCUCACCGUCUACCUGGUGGUGGCCUUGGCGUCGGUGUCGUCGCUCUUCCUCUUCUCGGUGCUGGUGUUCGUGGCGGUGCGGCUGUGCAGGAGGGGCGGGGCGGCCUCGGCGGGCCGCUGCCCGGUGGCCGAGGGCCACUUCCCUGGCCACCUGGUGGACGUCCGGGGCACGGGGACCCUGUCCCAGAGCUACCAGUAUGAGGUGUGCCUGAUGGGAGGUACUGGGACGAAUGAGUUCAAAUUCUUGAAGCCGAUUCUCCCCACUGUUCAGGCACAAGAUCCUGGGAGAAAUAGUGACGAAAAUCCCACAUUUCAAAAUAGCCUUGGAUUUAAUUUUCAGUAAAAUUCUUUCUAUAUUUUCACGUAUUUUUGAAGUGUUAUGAAACUAUAUCAAUAUUAGUUUAGUUUUAUUACUCCAAGUUAAAUUAUUUUGCAACUUAAAGCCUUAUUUUAAAGUACUAUAUGAUUUUACAAUGUUAUUUCAUCCUUUUUUUCCCAUUAAACAGGUUAGUUGUAAUCAGUACCCCAUCUAAAUAUUAGUUUGUAUGUUUAGGUCCUUCAAAAUGUACAAGAGUUUAGUACCAUUUUCAUUCUGGAAAACAGGUUGAUUUUUUUUUCCUAGUACAUUUCAUAGACUGAAUCUCAUUAUCUUAUACACCUACAGUACUUCCUUUACCUAAGACAUACCUGCAUGUCUUGACCUUACUAAAACAUUUAAUCAUGAUAAGAAACUAUCAUCUAGCUCUAAAUGAUAUUUUAAAAGAAAUAUUUCUCUAUUAUUCUGCUCAUGAUAAAAUGAAACAUCAUUGGUAGGAUUCCCUGGUGGUCCAGUGGUAAGGACCUAGAGCUUUCACUGUCUGCAGCUGGGUUCUUCACGGGUCAAGGAAUUAAGAUCUGGCAAGCUGCCUGUGUAGCCAAAAACAUCCCAACCAACUUAAAUAAACAAACCAAAACCAUGAAGCAUCAUUUUGUGAGCAACAUUACAAUAUCCUUGUGUUCAUAUUAGAAGAUUUAGCUUAGGGACCAGGGGACUCCCUGGUGGCUCAGAUGGUAAAGAGUCUGCCUACAAUGCGGGAGCCCCCGGUCCGGAAGAUCUCCUGGAGAAGGAAAUGGCAACCCACUCCAGUAUUCUUGCCUGGAAAAUCCCAUGUAUG